AUGCCCUCGUACUCCAGCCAUCAAUUCUACAAGGAUUGGCGUUAUAGUCUAGCCAAGGACUUCACAAGCCCCUCUGGAGAACCUGUCAAAUAUGCCAGAGAUGGCUUUCGCACUUGGGGUAGCGAGCGAUACAGAAUUCCAUUUUCCGAAUCCCCAAAUGGAGCUUCUGUCAAUAGUGAUAAAACCCUGAUAGCAAUAGCAUGGAAAGAGGACAUCCAUAUCUAUGAGACCGCCAACUUCACCAAGGUUCUUGUCCUCAGGGGUCACGUCUCACUAAUCGAAAGCUUUGACUUCCAUCCAAAAGAUCCUAAGCUCCUCGUAUCUGCUGCAAGCGGUUUUCGUCCUGGUUCUGGAGAGCCCACCAUUCUUUUCUGGAAUCUCGAUGUUGAGCAAGACAAUCCAAUGCUUGACGAAAAGAUCAUCUCGAAGAUUUCCGGUGAAGCUGCCGAGACCGCUAUCACAAGCUUACAGAAAGCAGAUCCGAGGCUCAAUCUUUCUCCUGAAGAUGAGAAGAGCUUAAGUAAUACCAUUGAGCCUGCCAUAACAAAUAUCGUCAAAAUCCGAGGCGCGGCUAGCAGAAAGUCCUUGAUUGGCCGUCUGCAAGAUGGAUUUCAGUCCCACAUAUUUAGUCCUUCUGGCAGCUACUUGAUAUACAUGCCUGGUGAACGACCAAGGUCUAACGGCAAUGAUGUUUGGGACAUGAAAAUAUUCUCAAUAGUCACCCACGAGGACCUUUUCAUUCUUUCGGGCCACAGCGAUGCAAUUGUGUGGGUUGGCUUCAGCCCAGAUGAAAGUAUGAUUGCUACUGUUUCUUGGGACCAGACUAUGCGAAUUUGGGAUGCCAAGAACGGGGACCAGAAGUACAUGUUUAAGACUGCGAAUCAGAAUUGGACAGGAGGUUUCUCACCAGAUUCACAAAAGUUUGCAGGCACUUGUGGGGAUGGGACCCUUUACGUCUACUCGAUGAUAGAUGGCACCACUCUGGUACAACACAAGCCCGAGACAGGUCGUGGCUGGCUGCGUGCUUUGAGCUGGUCCGCUGAUAGUCAGGCCGUGGCCGUUGGGGGAGGUCAUGGCGGUGGACCAGGACUGUUAUUUCUUUACUAUCUUGUUGAGAACAAAGUUACUCAGCAACGAGUCUUGAGUACCGAUGCGUGUCAAGUGGAACCGGAGAUCAAGCGCAUGAUGGGUAGCUAUCUUGAAUGCAAUGCUGUCAAGUUCGUGGAUGGUGGGAGAAAGGUUGUGACUUUGAUCUCAGGAGAUGGUGGAUUUGAAACUUAUGAUUUAGAGACAUCGGAGAAGUGGCGAUUUGCUAGACCAGGCGUUGAUCCGCAGCCUGAAGAGAUCGAGGCAGAUGAAGAUGGUGCUGGGAAUGGAAAGGGAAAAGAAAUUGCACACGGUGGAUAUAUGACGACCAUUUGGGAGGACGAGAAGAGGAAGACUAUUUUGAUUGCUAGUAUGGAUAGUGAUGGAGUGCGAAUAUGGGAUCUACCCAUGUCAACUGCUGAAACAGCUUGA